AUGAUCGAAGAUUACUGGCUGUACGAAUCAUCCAAAGAGAUAUUUUCCUGUGAACGUGUUCCAACCUUCUCUUAUGCGUUGGCGCACUUAAUUCGCAUCGCCAAAUCUGCGAAGAUUGCUGCGUUGAAUCAUAAAAAAUAUGAGCUUCCACUGAGCGACGAAGUCUUCGAAAAUUAUUUCCUUAUUCUGCCGGGCUUCAUGCAGUUUCUGUUCGACCUGGGCUUUGAGGAGCAGGGUGUUUCGCUGGUUUUGACGGACAAACCCGAUAUACACAAGAUAAAUCGUCUGAUAUCUCAGAUCUCGGGUCCGCCACCCAAAAAGGUGAGCCAGGACCAUCCCCUGUUGCAGCGCCUUGCAGGAUAUAAAAAGCUGGUAUGCUAUCAUCUCAAUUCACUCAGCCAGGUGAGUACUUAA